AUCUUUACUCCAUUCCCCCAGCGGUAUUCGGUGCUAAGGGCAUAACUACAUACAUCCUCACGCACAUGCGCACACACGUACGGCACGAAAACCACGAUACCAUUAGAUAAACGAGCAUGUCCGCCCCAAUAGGCUCCUACGUCCCGCUGAUAAUAGUGGCCAUGGUGACCUGGAAAGUGGCCAACUCUCCAUCCACUUCCUCCACCUCUGCCACCUCCGCGUACCGGCAGAGAAACCCGUGCAUAAGCGCUUGGGGAUCUUCGAUAUCGGAGCGCGUCUCGGCUAAGAAUAUCAGACAUUCAAGAAUCAGAAGUUCGCCGAGGAGUCUUGCGGCGAGUACCAAUGGAUAUGCUGGGCGGGGAUCAAGAUCUGUGUCGCCGGGUGACGGGAGGAUGAGGAUGGGUGGGGCAGGGAGUAGGCUUGCGAGCAGGGUUCCGCGCGGUACUCGGGGGCUAGCGGAGGGAGGGAGGCGAUAAUCUUUGGGGGUGGAAGAGUGGGGGGUUAUCGGGCGAACGAAUGAACGAAUGAACGGAACGGACGAGACGCGCCGGUUAGGAGGAUAUAAUGCAGGAUGCGCUACUCUGGACGAUUAUUAUUUCCAACACUCUACCACCAGUUUCUUAUGCCCCAACACUCAAGUUUUCAUUUUCAUUUCCACCUUUUAUUUUGGUCUUGGGUUUUUGGCACGGAGUUUUUAUGUCAUAUCAUACGGAUUUUUUUUUUUUUUUCCCCGUCAUUGGUUGCUGGGAGGCGUUAUCGGUGAUUAUUGCAAUUCAUUACAAGUAUCAUAGUCUAAAUCAUUAUUAUUCUCCCA